GCGUUUGCACAGGAAAGCAUUUAAUUAGGUCGACUUACCGCACAUGAGAACGUCGCAUGGCGCUGACGUUCGUGGAAUAGGAGUGCGAAUCGAGACGUCUCCGAGGUACUUGUGUGAAGCCACAUUAUGGAUACUUACAACUCAACUUGCGUUGUGGGAUAAAAUGGGAUGAAGCUGUAAAUAACAGCGAUUGGUAAGAUGUAUCUGUAAUCCCAGGACGAAUGAAAGGCGAUCGGAGCAACUGCGGAAUAAGCAUCAUCAAAGCAAGUGAACACUCCGAACCGUCGAGCGGGCACCGUACAUAAGCGCACGUCUUUAUAGCCAACUCUAACGUCAUCGCUAUUUAACGAUCAACCUUGUCUACAGAGCUACUUCCAAGUGUCAAGAUACCAAUUGUCAUUUCCAGACCAUAUUUUAACACAAGGACCGCAAGCAAGAUGUCGAACAUACAAAAUGUCGCCAUUAUUGGCGGUAAUGGUACAUUGGGCUCGCCCGUCCUAGAGGCGCUGAAGAAGUCCGAAUUCAACGUCUGGGUCAUCAACCGCCAAACCUCGAAAUCCGUAUACCCCAGGACGCAGGUCCUCACAGUUCCAGAUGAUCUCGACGUAGAUGCAGUGGCCAGAGAGUUCCAGGAGAAGGAGAUCGAUGCACUCGUCAUUGCCAUCGCCGGAAGUCAUGUCGAGCAGCAAAAAAAGCUAAUUGAUGCUGCUUUCAAAGGCGGCGUGAAAAGGGUGUUACCAGCCGAUUUCGGCAGCUGUGACUCGGCUGACGACAAGACGAAUGAAAUCCUGCCCUUGAUGAAGGGUAAGAAGGGCAUUCGCGACUACCUCGUUGAGCUAGAAAAGAAGGAACGAGAUGGCAAGAGAGGAAAGCUGACAUGGACGAGUCUCAUCAACGCGCACUUCUUCGACUGGGGUCUGGGCAACGGAUUGUUGAAGUUCGAUGUCAGAGGGCGCAAGGCAUACUUGCUUGAUGGCGGUAACAUCAAAUUCUCCGCAUCAACGCUGCCUUUCAUUGGCAGUGCCGUUGUCAAGAUCUUGGAAAAACCACAAGAGACGGAAAACAAGCUGCUGUAUAUCCACAGCCUCUACAUCACACAGUUAGAGGUGCUCUCAGCGCUAGAGAAAGCCACGGGUGACAAGUUCGAGCGAAUCGAAGAGGACAGCGAAGCGCAGUUGAAGAUAGUCAGGCCCAAGAUGCUUGAAGGAGAUCACGAUGCACGCGAAGAGGUAGUUGCAAUCUGGGGUGUUGUUGCGGCGGACUGGAAGAAGCGGGAGGCCUUUGCGAACGAGCUACUAGGACUGGAAGAGGAGGAUCUUGAUGAAGUCGUUCAGAAAGUAGUCAAGGACCUGUAACAGAACAUCGAUUCGCACAAACAUCCUGGCACAGAUCCCGACGGUCCGGCAAUACUAUUACAGGCUGUGAUGGAAUAGUAUCUCAUUCAUAGUGAAAUUUCAUUCAUGGGUAGGUAUC